AUGGGAAUUUGCAAUACUAUGUCAAUGAGACAUCACAAUCCCAUCCAUUAUUCCACUACAACUAAUGACAAGCUGAUUAUUUUAGCUGCAAAUCAUGAUAUGUUUCUAUCAUCCAUUGCACUACUUGUUGAUAUUCCAUGUCACUCUGAUUAUAAUGCUCCAUUUCAACCAUUUCCUCUAUCAAAUCCUCCUCCUUCAACUCCAUCUCUAUCUCACAACACUCCUCUGAGUUCUACUCGAGGUUCUUCUCCUCAUGCUGAUGAUGCCAAAAAGGGGGAGAAUGAUAAAGCAAUUGUAUUUCACACUGAUCAUGUGGAAAAUGUUGAUGAACCACAUGAUACUGAUACUGAUGAUGAGGAAGGCUUUCUAGAUAUGGAUUUCAUGUUACAAGCUGUGCCUCUGAACAUUAUUUAUCUAGAAGCUAAUAUUAAAUGGGAGUUUCAUCAGGGCUUUGAAAGUGAUGUUGAGUGUGAUAAUAAUCUGCUCAUCACAAGAAAAAGAAUACCAUCUCCUUAG